CACGCCCCAUCUCUCGCCUUUCGCAGCGGCUCCGUGGGAGAAAAAGGGAGGACACGUCACGCGCACCUUCCUCUGCGAAAAAGUCUCGAAGAAGACUCGCCAGGGAGGCUCCAGGAAGUGUCCCGCGGGAUAUUGUGGCUGUGCUCGGUGCUUGACCCAGCAGGACCAGGCAGGCAGGCAGGCAGGCAGGCAGGCGGGAAGGCAGGCAGGCGGGGGGGCGGCAGCCAUGGAGGGGAUGCAGGCGUACGGAGCUGGGAAAGCCGGAGGAGCCUUCGACCCCGUCACCUUCUUCCAGCAGCCUCAGACCAUACUCCGCAUUGUGUCGUGGCUCUUCUCCAUCGUCAUCUUCGGCUGCAUCGCCAACGAGGGCUACAUCAACCGUCCCAACGAGGUGGAGGAGUUCUGCAUCUUCAACCGCAACCAGAGCGCCUGCAACUACGGCGUCUUCAUGGGCUCCAUGGCCUUCCUGUGCUGCGUGGCCCUCCUGGCCCUGGACAUCUACUUCCCGCAGAUCAGCAGCGUCAAGGACCGCAAGAAGGCGGUGCUGGCCGACAUCGGAGUGUCAGCUUUCUGGUCCUUCAUGUGGUUUGUGGGCUUCUGCUUCCUGGCCAAUCAGUGGCAGGUGACCGACCACGAUGACGACCCGCUGAGGGAGGGCGUGGACGCCGCUCGGGCCGCCAUCACCUUCUCCUUCUUUUCCAUCUUCACUUGGGCGGUCCAGUCCUUCCUGGGCUUCCAGAAGUACAAGCUGGGGGCCGACUCGGCCCUCUUCUCCCAGGACUACACGGACCCCAGCCAGGACGCGGCCGGGGGCGGGCCCUACACCCCCUUUGGCGGGGACGACCUGGAGAGCCCGGCCGGCGACGGCGGGGGAGGAGGAGGCGGGCAGGCCGCCGGCGACGGCGUGUUUGACGGCACCGCGGGAUACCAGCGCCAGGACUACUGAGGGGGCGGAGUAAACGGAGACAAGGAACUUGGGCUGAAGACAUCAGGGCUGGGCUUCAGAGGAGGUCACCCUGCAGCAAGGACGGUGCUGGUGACCACAAUGCCUUCACACACACACACACACACACACACACACACACACACACACACACACACACUGCAAGUUUCAGCUGACAAAACACACACAUGGUGUUGCUAAGUCGUCCCCACUCACUUCACCUUUUUCCACUGAGGGCCACAGACUGACAAAUCAAAGGAUGCCGGGGCCAUUUUAUUAGUUUUCACCUUCAAAAACCGGAUAAUAUAUACUUCUUUUUUUUUCAAAGAAUUAGAAAAGGCAAUUUCGGUAGACAUUUAGUGUGAAUGCUGAAGUUAAGUUAAUUUAAAGUACCAAUGAUUGUCACACACACACUAGGUGUGGUGAACUUUGUCCUCUGCAUUUAACCCAUCCCCUUGUUCACCCCCUGGGAGGUGAGGGGAGCAGUGAGCAGCAGUGGUGGUCGCGCCCGGGAAUCAUUUUUGGUGAUUUAACCCCCAAUUCCAACCCUUGAUGUUGAAAGCCAAGCAAGGAGGUAAUGGUUCCCAUUCUUAUAGUCUUUGGUAUGACUUGGCCGGGGUCAAAGAGCCAAAGCCAAACUCAAAUGCUAACAGUUAGCAUGCUGACCACAUAGUAACAAAGAAUUUGAGAUUAAAAAAAACCUAGCAUGCUAACAUGCAUAUCUAAAUAAUAGCAUGCUGGCCACAUAGCAUCAAGUAACAAAUAAUUUGAGCUAAAAAAGCUAGCAUGCUAACAUGCUAAUAAUAGCAUGCUGGCCACAUAGCAUCAAGUAACAAAGCAUUUGAGCUAAAAAAGCUAGCAUGCUGGCCACAUAGCAUCAAGUAACAAAGAAUUUGAGCUAAAAAAGCUAGCAUGCUAACAUGCUAAUAAUAGCAUGCUGGCCACAUAGCAUCAAGUAACAAAGCAUUUGAGCUAAAAAAGCUAGCAUGCUGUCCACAUAGCACCAAGUAACAAAGAAUUUGAGCUAAAAAAAAAAAAGCUAGCAUGCUAAUAAUAGCAUGCUGGCCACAUAGCAUCAAGUAACAAAUAAUUUGAGCUAAAAAAGCUAGCAUGCUAACAUGCUAAUAAUAGCAUGCUGGCCACAUAGCAUCAAGUAACAAAGCAUUUGAGCUAAAAAAGCUAGCAUGCUGGCCACAUAGCACCAAGUAACAAACAAUUUGAGCUAAAAGAAAAAAGCUAACAUGCUAAUAAUAGCAUGCUGGCCACAUAGCAUCAAGUAACAAAUAAUUUGAGCUAAAAAAGCUAGUAUGCUGGCCACAUAGCACCAAGUAACAAAGAAUUUGAGCUAAAAAAAAAAAAGCUAACAUGCUAAUAAUAGCAUGCUGGCCACAUAGCAUCAAGUAACAAAGAAUUUGAGCUAAAAAAGCUAGCAUGCUAACAUGCUAAUAAUAGCAUGCUGGCCACAUAGCAUCAAGUAACAAAUAAUUUGAGA